UGUGCUAGCGUGUCGAAAGCAUUUAAACAGGAAUUGAAGCACAUCGAAAGGUGAAAAUCUAUUUGAUCUGCUAAGGCAUGAUGAUAAAAUUAGUUGAAAGGUUUGAAGGCUUAAUUUAAACCAUGUCUGUUAUUCAGUUUUGAUUACCUGAUGUAAUGUGUCCAGCACAAUGACACGCACGUUAUCACCAUCUUUGGUAAACCUAGAGCCCAAAAGAACACAUGACGGCGGUGACAGCUGUUAGUGUACAGUACACGAUACCAGAUUCUGUUAUAUGCCUAGGGGCCAGCUGUCAGAACUGGGAUGUUCCGACGUAGAGCAGCGAAAAGUCUGGUUUUAUUUAUCACCGGACUGUUUUAAGGAAGAAGACAAUGCCAUGCUUGAUGAAGAAUUUGUUGUUGUUGCUAUGUUUUCAAUGUAAUAUAGUAACACUUGUGGCGUCUGAGAACAGUGCUGCUCUAAACACCACUCUCUGUUCAGACCAGCAAGAAAUGAAACCUGAUGAGAGAGUCUCUGACAUGUUGUGUGGGUGUUUCCAAGUGGUAGUCAGAAAUAAAGAGGACGGCUUCGUGUUACUGGUUCUGCUUCAGAAAGUUUUCUGGAAAAGUCUCCCUCUUCUGUUUGUCGAAUCCCCCAGAUUCGAAGUGUAUCGCGAACGUCAUAACAUGAUAUUUCCACUGGGAAAUAUCAAUUGCUCUGAAAAUGCCACGGUAUGUGAGAAAUAUUUUGAGGUGAAGGAUCAAAACAACAGCGAAGUUCAGAUUCUCCAGGUUUACCUGUCCUGUGACUCAAAGUACGAAUGGGUCCCAUCGCCAUGCUAUGACUGUCCAUACGUUAAACUAUUCUACAGACCCCCUCCAGACAACCCGAUUUCUUACCUGCAGCCUCCUAUAGGGGAUAUCGUCAGCACCACCAGGCCAGUAAUCUCAACCUCUGUCCUAUACAUCAUCAUUCCCGCGGUCAUCGUGAUGUGUGCAGUGGUCACUUUUAUUGUGUUCUUUGUCCAUCUCAAACGAAGGUCAAGGUCACCAAGAGAAAGAACCUCUGAAUCAUGCAGCAGUGAACCACUUGUUUCUGUGAUCGAGGCUUCUACGUCACAGUCUAAAAAAGAAAUCCUAAUAAUAGAUAUUGCGCCUGACGAAUCGUGUUCUGUGCAAUUCCGCAAUAUAUUAAAAAGGGUUCCUAAAUUUAAUGUUGUGUGUUAUAUUGACCAAUUGAAGGAUGUUAAUCAGAACAUGUACGACUGGGCACACAGGAAGCUGAAAACAUGUGACUUCAUAGUUAUAGUAUUAACCGGUGAAUUGACAAAAGUGUUCGAAUCAGAUUCGUGUGAAAUACUCCGUUCGUCUCCGUACUCAGAUAUUGUCAAAUAUUUCCUCUCUCAAAUGAACAGCACUAUGUACACUAGUGACGCUUCCUUGCCAAAGUACGCAGCUGUUCAGUUUGAGGCUAAUGUCGUGGUACCCUCAAAUUUUACAGAACAUCUUCCCAACAUUUCAUUCAAAAACAUUUUCACCUUUCCAAAUUUUUUGCAAAAUGACAACUCCACUUGUUCACAGCUCAACAGAUUUCUGAUGACAAUGGGUGCUAAUAACGAGGAUAUAAAACAGUGUAUGUACACCACCUGACUAAUGAGGUGAACCUGUAAAUAGGACUUUCCAUUGAGUUCUGUGAUAACUAAAUGACCCCUUUGAAUUCAUCAGUCUACAAGUUCUACAAUCUUUAAAAUCACAGAGCACAGGCCUAAAUGACCAGUUGGUUAAUAAAUAUUUUACCUCCAAGUUUUCUGCAAAUACCUGUACAUUUUGAACACCAAAUGUGUUUCAAAGAAGUGUGCUGCAAUAUGCAUAUGACAGCAUAUAAACGUGAUAUAAAAGGCAUUGUUUUAACAUGCGAUUAUGAGAAUGAAAUGAACCUAUUAAAAAAAAAGAGAU